CGUGUCCGUUAGAGGGAGCGCAGGGUGUCCCGCACAGCACGGAACUGAAUCAACGGAUUUUUUCAGAUUCAAGAAGGGUAGGGCGCAGGGCGGCUGGCCCCCGCAAGAAGAGAGAUACAAGUCAGCUACUUCCCUAGCUGAAACGACCGGCUAUCGCAAUCGGUUGAUGUCUUCAGAUGACAUUUAAGAUUUUGCCCUGCACUUAGUUGGUUUGACACUAAUUUGCCGUUGGUCGUCCAAAGAUUAAAACCCGACAAAAUGACAGAGUCUGCGGUGGCCGACACUCGCCGGUUGAAUUCCAAGCCCCAGGACCUGACCGAUGCUUACGGCCCCCCCAGCAAUUUUCUGGAAAUAGACGUUUAUGAUCCACAAAUCGUUGGAGUUGGACGAAACCGUUACACAACUUACGAAGUUCGUAUGCGGACAAACCUUCCCAUUUUCAAACUGAAGGAUUCCUGUGUGAGAAGAAGAUACAGUGACUUUGAAUGGUUAAAGAAUGAGCUGGAAAGAGACAGUAAGAUUGUAGUACCACCCCUGCCGGGCAAAGCCCUGAAGAGACAGUUGCCAUUCCGUGGAGAUGAAGGCCUUUUUGAGGAGUCCUUCAUUGAGGAACGGCGAUCGGGCCUGGAGCAGUUCAUCAACAGAAUUGCAGGUCACCCCUUGGCCCAGAACGAGCGCUGUCUUCACAUGUUUCUGCAAGAGGAAAGCAUUGACCGUAACUACAUUCCUGGAAAAGUAUGAAUGAAACAAUACAGAAUGAUGCACCUGCCCCGUGUACAUUUAUUUCUACAUCACGUCAUUAUAAAGCUGGCGGAAAUGUCCGAGCUGAUAAGUGUCAACGGUGUAGGAAAAACACGACUCUUGCUCCUGGACAAAACAGAGAUCCAAUGUAUAAAACGUUUGAUGUUGUGUCUCCAUUCAGUCAUUCCACAUACUAUAUGUACUUUAUUUUGAUUCAGUAAUCAGUGAAAACGAAAACAUGUUCCAUAUAUCCUUUUGUCAUUUUAUCAUAGCUGUAUUUUUUUUUUUUUUUUUUUUUUUUACAAUGAUGGUUAUAUUUUCUGAAUGUCUUUUUAAUGGAUUUGAUCAAGUUUAAAAAGGGUAAUUUCUUGCUUUGAUUCGUGUUUUCUUUUACUAGCAGAGAUGCGAUUUUGAUGAUAACCUCCCAAAGUCAAGCAACAUGUAGCAUCAUGAAAAAGACAGUGACUCGUCAUUCCAGUCCGUAUAUUUUCCCCUGAGGUUUAUGUCCUGGACAUGCUCUUAGUCAGGACAGUUUCACGAUUAAUUGUUUUUAACUCUGCUGUCUUAGUUGCAUCAUCAUGUCUACAUUUUGGCCGUGUGUUGUCAAAUCAGCUAUUGGGAAUGUUAAGUUAGGUAAAAUAACCAUAUCUAAGCACUGUGACAAGAGGUUCAUUAUAUGAACAAUAUUUCAUCGUUUAAAGGCAUAAUCAGCAUCUGGUUUAUUGAUCUAAAAUAAGGAUUAUUCUGCGCUUAUUUUCAGCUGUUUUAUUCUUUCUAUCAAUAUUAUUGUGGAGUGUAUUAAUACAUGUUAUCAUUGCAGUUCCACCUUGGGUGACAAGGACCUUCCUUGUUACUUCUGUCCUCCAAUUAAAUUUCCUGCUGCCUGCUGUGUCAUGUCUACACGUCUCUUUUCAGUUUAGUGGGGAGAAAUGGAAGCAAAAUCACUAAAACUCAGCUUACAGUUAGCGAUU